GUCUAUGAGAGCAAGUUGCAGGAACUUCAGAAACAGGUGGAGACCUGUUCACUGGCUGUGGAGACGCCCGACGAAGAGGAAGACGAAGAUGAGGAAGAGGAGGGUGCGUUCUUUAUUAAAUCAUGAGCAACAAGGAAUAGAAUUUCACUGUUCAUGAACCAGGGGCCGUAUUCAUCAAGCAUCUCAGAGUAGGAGUGCUGAUCUAGGAUCAGGUCCCUCCUGUCCAUGUGGUCUUGUUCAUUAUAACUCUGAGACGCUUUAUGAAAUCGGGCCCAGAAAGACAUUUCAAUUAGUUAAAUUGAACUGUUUUAAUGUGGUCCUGUACUGCACCUGUCUGUGUUCUUUUCAUGAGCAAAAUGUGUGUUGUCAUGUUGACUGCCCAUAGAAAUCACCCACUCAUCAGAAAAGAUUGAUCAAGGUAACUGAACUCCAAGUAAAACAGUCUUAUGACUAAUGAUGAAACAUCCCAGUCUUCCUAACCAGCACAACCACAUACAUUUACUAGUGUCCGAAACAACCCGCCAACAUCCCAACAUUGAACCCAUGAACAAUACUUAUCAUGUGUGUGCGUGGGUGCACGUGUGUACGUCUGUGUGUGUGUGUGCAUGUCUCUGUGUCUCUGCGUGUGCAUCUUGUGUGUGUAUUUGAAUAUAUUUGCCUGUCUUUGACACUGUCCCCUAUCCCCUGCAGUGCCCUGGACACAGCAUGAGUUUGAGAUAGCGCAGUGGGCUUUCAGAAAAUGGCGGUACCAUCAGUUCACCUCCCUCCGCGACCAGCUUUGGGGCAACGCAGUCUACCUGAAGGAGGCCAACGCCAUCAGUGUCGAACUAAAGAAGAAGGUAACUAUUGUCACAUUGUACACUCAAAUUCAGUUUAAAAUCUAAUUUUAAACUCUUAAUUCUCAAUAUUUCUAUAUUAUUAUUCUAUUAUAUUCGGAACAAUAUUUUAUCAAAUUUGGUCCGGUUCGCAUACACCCCUAGUGUCAAAAUAGCUGAGACAAUGGCUGCAUAUCAAUAGUUUUAAGUGGCUUCCUCUCCCGGUCUCCUCUAUCUCCUCUGCAUUUAUGUGAAAACACAGGCUAGGUGAAAGUGGUAGAUACGUACUGAUCCGCUGAGCAGAAUGUCAAAGGACACCAUAGAAGUAGAAUUACUGGAAUGGGAAUCCCAAUUCAAGUCAAUGUAAUUAUAUUUAUAGGAUGUAGACAUACAGUACCAGUCAAAAGUUUGGACACACCUACUCAUUCAAGGGUUUUUCUUUAUUUUAAUAUUUUCUACAUUGUAGAAUAAUAGUGAAGACAUUAAAACUAUGAAAUAACACAUAUGGAAUCAUGUAGCAACCAAAAAAGUGUUAAACAAAUCAAAAUAUAUUUUAUAAGUAGCCACCCUUUGCCUUGAUGACAGCUUUGCACACUCUUGGCAUUCUCUCAACCAGCUUCAUGAGGUAGUCACCUGAAAUGCUUUCCCAAGUCUUGAAGGAGUUCCCACAUAUGCUGAGCACUUGUUGGCUGCUUUUCCUUCACUCUGCGGUCCAACUCAUCCCAAACCAUCUCAAUUGUGUUGAGGUCGGGUGAUUGUGGAGGCCAGGUCAUCUGAUGCAGCACUCCGUCACUCUCCUUCUUGGUCAAAUAGCCCCUACACAGCCUGGAGGUGUGUUUUGGGUCAUUGUCCUGUUGAAAAACAAAUGAUAGUCCCACAAAGCGCAAACCAGAUGGGAUGGCGUAUCGCUGCAGAAUGCUGUGGUAGCCAUGCUGGUUAAGUGUGCCUUGAAUUCUAAAUAAAUCACAGACAGUGUCACCAGAAAAGCACCAUCACACCUCCUCCUCCAUGCUUCACGGUGGGAACCACACAUGCAAAGAUCAUCCGUUCACCUACUCUGCGUCUCACAAAGACACGGAGGUUUGAACCAAAAAUCUCAAAUUUGAACUCGUCAGACCAAAGGACAGAUUUCCACCGGUCUAAUGUCCAUUGCUCGUGUUUCUUGGCCCAAGCAAGUCUCUUCUUAUUAUUGGUGUCCUUUAGUAGUGGUUUCUUUGCAGCAAUUCGACCAUUAAGGCCUGAUUCAAGCAGUCUCCUCUCAACAGUUGAUGUUGAGAUGUGUCUGUUACUUGAACUCUGUGAAGCAUUUAUUUGGGCUGCAACCUGAGGUGCAGUUAAUUGCCUAUUUCUGAGGCUGGUAACUCUAAUGAACUUAUCCUCUGCAGCAGAGGUAACUCUGGAUCUUCCUUUCCUGUGGCGGUCCUCAUGUGAGCCAGUUUCAUCGUAGCGCUUGAUGGUUUUUGCGUCUGACCUUCAUGUCUUCAAGUAAUGAUGGACUAUCGUUUGUCUUUGCUUAUUUGAGCUGUUCUUGCCAUAAUAUGGACUUGGUCUUUUACCAAGUAGGGCUAUCUUCUGUAUACCAACCCUACCUUGUCACAACACAAAUGAUUGGCUCAAACGCAUUAAGAAGGAAAUAAAUUCCACAAAUAAACUUUUAACAAAGCACACCUACUUACAGCGCCGGGAAGAUGGCUGCCGUUUUACAGCCCUCUAACCAAUUGUACUAUUAUGUGUGUUUUUCCAGCGUUAUUUGUAAUUUAUUUUGUACAUAAUGUUUCUGCCAUCGUCUCUUAUAACCAAAAAGAGCUUCUGGAUAUCAGGACAGUGAUUACUCACCUCGCAUUGGACGAAGAUUUUUUCUUCAACGAGGCGGUCGCGAAGGAUAUCCUACAGACACCCGACAAGGCCCAGAUCCCCGUCAUUCGCGUGAGGAAGAGACGGAGAUAUCGCGGACGCAGAUCCGGGUGCCUUGUAAGGAUCCGACGGCGAGCGAGUAAACUGCCUCUCCCAUCAAUCCUACUAGCCAACGUUCAAUCUUUUGAGAAUAAAAUGGACGAGUUAAGAUUACGGUUAUCCUACCAACGGGACAUUAAAAACUGUAAUAUCUUAUGUUUCACGGAGUCGUGGCUGAACGACAACAAUGAUAACAUUCAGCUAGCAGGCUAUACGCUACAUCGGCAGGACAGAACGUCUGACUCUGGUAAGACAAGGGGCGGCGGUCUGUGUAUAUUUGUAAACAACAGCUGGUGCACAAAAUCAAAUACUAAGGAAGUCUCGAGGUUUUGCUCGCCUGAGGUAGAGUAUCUUAUGAUAAGCUGUAGACCACACUAUUUACCAAGAGAGUUUUCAUCUAUAUUUUUCAUAGCUGUCUAUUUACCACCACAAACCAAUGCUGGCAUUAAGAUUGCUCUGAAUGAGUUGUACAAGGCCAUUAAUCAACAGGAAAACGCUCAUCCAGAUGCAGCGCUCCUAGUGGCCGGGGACUUUAAUGCAGGGAAACUUAAAUCCGUUCUACCUAAUUUCUACCAGCAUGUUAAAUGUGCAACCAGAGGGAAAAAAACUCUAGACCACCUUUACUCCACACACAGAGACGCAUACAAAGCUCUCCCUCGCCCUCCAUUUGGCAAAUCUGACCAUAACUCUAUCCUCCUGAUUCCUGCUUAUAAGCAAAAACUGAAGCAGGAAGCACCAGUGAUUCGGUUAAUAAAAAAGUGGUCAGAUGACGCCGAUGCUAAGCUACAGGACUGUUUUGCUAGCACAGACUGGAACAUGUUCCGGGAUUCUUCAGACAGCAUUGAGGAGUACACCACAUCAGUCACUGGCUUCAUCAAUUAGUGCAUCGAUGAUGUCGUCCCCACAGUGACCGUACGUACAUACCCCAACCAGAAGCCAUGGAUUACAGGAAACAUCCGCACUGAGCUAAAGGGUAGAGCUGCCGCUUUCAAGGAACGGGACUCUAACCCGGACGCUUAUAAGAAAUCCCGCUAUGACCUCCGACGAACCAUCAAACAGGCAAAGAGUCAAUACAGGUCUAAGAUUGAAUCAUACUACACUGGCUCUGACGCUCGUCGGAUGUGGCAGGGCUUGAAAACUAUUACAGACUACAAAGGGAAGCACAGCCGCGAGCUGCCCAGUGACACAAGCCUACCAGACGAGCUAAACCACUUCUAUGCUCGCUUCGAGGCAAGCAACACUGAAGCAUGCAUGAGAGCACCAGCUGUUCCGGAUGACUAUGUGAUCACGCUCUCCGUAGCCGAUGUGAGUAAGACUUUUAAGCAGGUCAACAUUCACAAGGCCGCAGGGCCAGACGGAUUACCAGGACGUGUACUCCGAGCAUGUGCUGACCAACUGGCAAGUGUCUUCACUGACAUUUUCAACAUGUCCCUGACUGAGUCUGUAAUACCAACAUGUUUCAAGCAGACCACCAUAGUCCCCGUGCCCAAGAACUCUAAGAUAACCUGCCUAAAUGACUACCGACCCGUAGCACUGACGUCUGUAGCCAUGAAGUGCUUUGAAAGACUGGUCAUGGCUCACAUCAACAGCAUAAUCCCAGGAACCCUAGACCCACUCCAAUUUGCAUACCGCCCCAACAGAUCCACAGAUGAUGCAAUCUCUAUCGCACUCCACACUGCCCUUUCCCACCUGGACAAGAGGAACACCUACGUGAGAAUGCUAUUCAUUGACUACAGCUCAGCAUUCAACACCAUAGUGCCCUCUAAGCUCAUCACUAAGCUAAGGAUCCUGGGACUAAACACCUCCCUCUGCAACUGGAUCCUGGACUUCCUGAUGGGCCGCCCCCAGGUGGUAAGGGUAGGUAACAACACAUCUGCCACACUGAUCCUCAACACGGGGGCCCCUCAGGGGUGCGUGCUCAGUCCCCUCCUGUACUCUCUGUUCACCCAUGACUGCAUGGCCAGGCACGACUCCAACACCAUCAUUAAGUUUGCCGACGACACAACAGUGGUAGGCCUGAUCACCGACAACGAUGAGACAGCCUAUAGGGAGGAGGUCAGAGAUCUGGCCGUGUGGUGCCAGGACAACAACCUCUCCCUCAACGUGACCAAGACAAAGGAGAUGAUUGUGGACUACAGGGAAAAAAAAGAGGACUGAGCACGCCCCCAUUCUCAUCGACGGGGCUGUAGUGGAACAGGUUGAGAGCUUCAAGUUCCUUGGUGUCCACAUCACCAACGAACUAUCAUGGUCCAAACACACCAAGACAGUCGUGAAGAGGGCACGACAAAGCCUAUUCCCCCUCAGGAGACUAAAAAGAUUUGGCAUGGGUCCUCAGAUCCUCAAAAAAUUCUACAGCUGCACCAUCGAGAGCAUCCUGACUGGUUGCAUCACCGCCUGGUAUGGCAACUGCUUGGCCUCUGACCGCAAGGCACUACAGAGGGUAGUGCGUACGGCCCAGUACAUCACUGGGGCAAAGCUCCCUGCCAUUCAGGACCUCUAUACCAGGCGGUGUCAGAGGAAGGCCCUCAAAAUUGUCAAAGACUCCAGCCACCCUAGUCAUAGACUGUUCUCUCUGCUACCGCACGGCAAGCGGUACCGGAGUGCCAAGUCUAGGUCCAAAAGACUUCUCAACAGCUUCUACCCCCAAGCCAUAAGACUCCUGAACAGCUAAUCAUGGCUACCCGGACUAUUUGCACUGCCCCCCCACCCCAUCCUUUUUACGCUGCUGCUACUCUGUUAAGUAUUUAUGCAUAGUCACUUUAACUCUACCCACAUGUACAUAUUACCUCAACUACCUCAACUAGCCGGUGCCCCCGCACAUUGACUCUGCAACGGUACCCCCCUGUAUAUAUAGCCUCCCUACUGUCACUUUAUUUUACUGUAUAUAUAGCCUCCCUACUGUCACUUUAUUUUACUUCUGCUCUUUUUUUCUCAACACUUUUUUUGUUGUUGUUUUAUUCUUACUUUUUUUGUUUAAAAUAAAUGCACUGUUGGUUAAGGGCUGUAAGUAAGCAUUUCACUGUAAUGUCUGCACCUGUUGUAUUCGGCGCAUGUGACCAAUAAAAUUUGAUUUGAUUUGAUUUGAAAUGCAUUCCAGGUGACUACCUCAUGAAGCUGGUUGAGAGAAUGCCAAGAGUGUGCAAAGCUGUCAAGGCAAAGGAUGGCUACUUUGAAGAAUCUCAAAUCUCAAAUAUAUUUUGAUUUGUUUAACACUUUUUUGGUUACUACAUGAUUCCAUAUGUGUUAUUUCAUACUUUUGAUGUCUUCACUAUUAUUCUACAAUGUAGAAAAUAAAAAAAUAAAGAAAAACCCUUGAAUGAGUAGGUGUGUCCAGACUUUUGACUGGUACUGUACUUGUGACGAUGUCACAGGGAAGGACACCACAAUGUUGUUGAGUGUUUCAAAUCAGCCGCGAUGGACACUCACGAUUUAUGAGCAUCAAUCGUAACAAGAUAUUAGGUGGAUAGUGGGAGAAAAUGCUGAACACAACCCUUUAAAUUAUGGAUGUUGGAAGGUGAUCUUUGAGAUGAAGACGAAUACAUGGAAUGUGUCCCAAAUGGCACCCUAUUCCUUUUAUAGUGCACUAACAGAGCUCCCUGGUCAAAAGAAGAGCACAAUAAAGGGAAUAGGGUGCCAUUUGGGACGCAACCUUGGAAUCUCAGAUAAAUCAGAGAAGCCGGCGGUCACCGUACUGUUGCCGGUCUUUUAUGGGAUGCGUCCCAAAUGGCUCCCUAUAGAUGAUGAAACAGAUGAUGGACAGUAGGGACCUGUUGUGAACUAUAUAGGGAAUAGGGUACCAUUUGGGACACGCAUGGUCUGCCUGACCCAUCUAGAGGAGCUUGAUUUCUAUUCUGAUUAUAGACAUGUCAGGUUGUUGGAACAGACUGAUGGAUGGUGGAGGGGAGUGGUCUGUCAGGUUUCCUACUGCUCUUUAUUUAUUACUAGCUUCUACUCUCCUAUUAUUUAUACCCCUUGUUGUUCUUUGCUUGAACAUAUUAUCUCAGGCAGGACUGAAAAUGGUAGGACGGGUAGAUUUAUGAUUUCUACCUACUCUCAACCUUGUCAAGUUCAAUGGUUUUUUUCUCCCUUCUCUGUGCUCCCUCCACCCCGCCUCCCUUUUUGACCUCUCCUCCCUUUUUGACCUCUCCCUCUCCAUCUCCCCUGUCUCUCAGGUGCAGUUCCAGUUCGUAUUGCUGACGGACACCUUGUACUCGCCGCUACCUCCGGAGCUUUCGCCCGCCGAGCUGGAGAAGGAGCGCGACUCACGCCCGUUCCCCCGCACUGUGGUGGCCGUGGAGAUACAGGACCUGAAGAACGGUGCCACGCACUACUGGUCCCUGGAGAAGCUCAAGUAAGACCAUGGGUCAUGUUCAUUAGGGCACACUAGCAAAACGUUUUGCAACACAAAAUUAAAAUUAGUUUCUUAUUGGGCAAUUCCAGGUAGUCCCUCCCUGUUUCAAUCCGUUUUCUUCCAUUUGGUACCUAAUGAAUACAGACGACCCUGGUCUCCUAAGGUACAGUUGAAGUCGGAUGUUUACAUACACCUUAGCCAAAUACAUUUAAACUCAGUUUUUCAGAAUUCCUGACAUUUAAUCCUAGUAAAAACUCCCUGUCUUAGUUCAGUUAGGAUCACCACUUUAUUUUAAGAAUGUGAAAUGUCAGAAUAAUAGUAGAGAGAAUGAUUUAUUUAAGCUUUUAUUUCUUUCAUCACAUUCCCAGUGGGUCAGAAGUUUACAUACACUCAAUUAAUAUUUGGUAGCAUUGCCUUUAAAUUGUUUAACUUGGGUCAAACGUUUCGGGUAGCCUUCCACAAGCUUCCCACAAUAAGUUGGGUGAAGUUUGGUCCAUUCCUCCUGACAGAGCUGGUGUAACUGAGUCAGGUUUGUAGGCCUCCUGGCUCGCACACGCUUUUUCAGUUCUGCCCAUACAUUUUCUAUAGGAUUGAGGUCAGGGCUUUGUGAUGGCCACUCCAAUACCUUGACUUUGUUGUCCUUAAGCCAUUUUGCCACAACUUUGGAAGUAUGCUUGGGGUCAUUGUCCAUUUGGAAGACCCAUUUGCGACCAAGCUUUAACUUCCUGACUGAUGUCUUGAGAUGUUGCUUCAAUAUAUCCACAUAAUUUUCCUUCCUCAUGAUGCCAUCUAUUUUGUGAAGUGCACCAGACCCUCCUGCAGCAAAGCACCCCCACAGCAUGACGCUGCCACCCCCGUGUUUCACGGUUGGGAUGGUGGUCUUUGCCUUGCAAGCUCUCCCCUUUUUCCUCCAAACAUAACGAUGGUCAUUAUGGCCGAACAGUUCUAUUUUUGUUUCAUCGGACCAGAGGACAUUUCUCCAAAAAGUACGAUCUUUGUCCCCAUGUGCAGUUGCAAACCGUAGUCUGUCUUUUUUAUGGUGGUUUUAGAGCAGUGGCUUCUUCCUUGCUGAGCGGCCUUUCAGGUUAUGUCGAUAUAGGACUCGUUUUACUGUGGAUAUAGAUACUUUUGUACCUGUUUCCUCCAGCAUCUUCACAAGGUGCUUUGAUGUUGUUCUGGGAUUGAUUUGCACUUUUCGCACCAAAGUACGUUCAUCUCUAGGAGACAGAACGCGUCUCCUUCCUGAGCGGUAUGACGGCUGCGUGGUCCCAUGGUGUUUAUACUUGCGUACUAUUGUUUGUACAGAUGAACGUGGUACCUUCAGGCGUUUGGAAAUUGCUCCCAAGGAUGAACCAGACUUGUGGAGGUCUACAAUUUUUUUUCUGAGGUCUUGGCUGAUUUCUUUUGAUUUUCCCAUGAUGUCAAGCAAAGAGGCACUGAGUUUGAAGGUAGGCCUUGAAAUACAUCCACAGGUACUCCUCCAAUUGACUCAAAUUAUGUCAAUUAGCCUAUCAGAAGCUUCUAUAAGCCAUGUCAUCAUUUUCUGGAAUUUUCCAAGCUGUUUAAAGGCACAGUCAACUUAGUAUAUGUAAACUUCUGACCCACUGGAAUUGUGAUACAGUGAAUUAUAAGUGAAAUAAUCUGUCUGUAAACAAUUGUUGGAAAAAUUACUUGUGUCCAGUUUUUAACUGGAAAUUGCCCAUUUACUUUGGAUGUUUAGAUGAUCAAUUACACGGGUUUCAAUUCACUUCCUGGAUUGAUUGAUUUGGAUUCAUAUGAUAUUGCCACAGCUUACCUGGAUUUUCAUGCCCACUUAUGAUAUCAGUGAUGCCAUCCAUCUUGGCAUCCUUAAGUGAGGUGUAUGAUAAAGGGUCCAGGGCCUAUAUUCAUAAAGCUCGCUGAUCUAGGAUCAAGUCACACCUGUCCAUAUACUAUUCAAUGUGAUCUAAAAGGCUAAACUGAUCCUAGAUCAGCACUCCAGUUAUAUUGAUGCUAUAUCUGAUCAACUAUAUGCAUUGAUUUUAACCUGACUCAAUUGAUCUCAAAACCCACAAUAAUAAAUGUGAAAAACCCUGCAAACUCCUCAUUGAUUGAUUUAAUUCUUACUAAUAACCCCAUACAUGUUUCUGUAGUGGUGUCUUUGCAUAUGAUCUCAGCGAUCAUUGUCCCAUAGUAUGCAUUAGAGUUACCAAACUGCAAAAUAUAAAUCCCUGUUUAAAUAAGAAGAUACAUUUUACAAACUUUACUCGUCAGGAGUUUGUACCCAACUUGUUCCACACUGAGUUAUCCACUAUAUCCUGUAUUCCAGACCCUGAGUUGUCUCUAAAACAUUUAUCCUCCAUUUUUGAUUGCAGAAUCAUUAACCCAUAUUUUUUACCUGACGAUUAUAUCUGGUACUAUCCCCAAGGUUUGGAAGGCAGCUCAUAUACUCCUCCUUCACAAAGGUGGUGACCCUUGUGACCUAAAUAACUAUUGCCCUAUUACAAAACGUUCUUGCCUAGCUAAAAUGUUAGAAUCCUUGAUUCAUUCUCAGCUAAGGUCUUAUCUUUUAAAUGUAUCAGUCAGAUUUUAGACCAGGUCACAGCAUCUCUGCUGGUUCACUGGUUAUAAAUGAUGGAGUAAAUUUUAAGGCAACAUUGUGCUGCCCUUUUUCAUUAACCUGUCAAAGGCCUUCGAUACUGUGGAUCACUCUACUAAUUCAAAGGUAGUCCGCAAUUGGCCUGAAUCAGGCUGCGCGUAAUUGGUUCAAAAAGUAGCUGACAGGCAGCACACAAUAAAGCAGGACACAAUAAUAACUCUGAUUUAAGCAUAUGUACUUUGGAUCGUGCCCACAUUGAUCGUGUCCCGACCUACAAAUAUCUGGGUAUCUGACUAGAUGAAAAGCUGUCUUUUUAAAAAGCAUAUUGAUCAGUUAGUUAAUGCUGAGAAUUAAAAUGGGUUUCUUCUAUAGUAGAAAGCAGAUCAUUCAGUUGACGUUCCUACCGGUCCUAGACUAUAGCGACAUUGUCUAUAUAUGAAUGCAGCUGCCACUUCAUUAAAGCCGUUAGAUGCAGUUUAUCAUAGCGCUCUAUGUUUUAUUACAGUUGACUAAUUUAGUACACAUGACUGCGUUCUCUACCAGAAGGUUGGCUGGCCCUCUUUGAUGUCACGUAGGUCGAUAUUUAUUGUGUAAUUACAGGGCUCAUUUGUAAAAGAGACCUUGGUCUCAACAUGACUCCCUGUCAAAAUAAAGGUGAAAAAUAAUAACAAACUGUUCACGCUACUGGGCUAAGCCGAACUGAGCCAAGCUUUACUGCGUUGGCCUGGUUACACAUUAAUCUACCAUAGUUGCUGGUCUGGAACAGUGCUGGAAAGGAAAAGGUGGAAAGAAAAUAAUCCAAGUGGAACUCUGAUGUGAUUGCAGGCAGAGGCUGGACCAGAUGAGAGAGAUGUACGACCGCGCCGGGGAAAUGGCUUCCUCCAAUCAGGACGACAACGACGGGGCUCUGACAGGAAAUGACCCGUUCUAUGACCGCUUUCAUUGGUUCAAAUUGGUGGGGAGGUACGUACGAUGCAACACUGGCUAUAACAAUUCCUUUGUUCAAUUUUUUUUGUUAGACUUCUAUUUGUUGAUUCUGCUAUCUUUGGUUGGGUGUUUUAGAUGUAAAGUAGUUGCUUUAUGGAGUUGAAAAGCAAAGCGGUUGGUUUUGUUUUGUGGACGGAUACCCUCAGCUGUUUUGAGGAGCUUUCAUGAAUAGUUCAUGAAAUGGAGUCCAUUUACACUUCCGUGAUUCCAUUAUUCAUUUUUAUGUCCCAGUGCUGUUGGAUUGAUUCAUUUUCUGUCCUUAUAGCCACAUGUUUUAAUUAUUUCAUAUCUUUCAAUAAGCAAGAUUCAUCUAUGUUUUAUGUUGGUAGCUACAUUCUGUGCCCUUAUAUAUUUGUUUUCUUUGUACCCUUAUAACAUUUCACUUUUCAGUUGUUAUUUUCAUUUGGUGAUUUUGUUUUUUCUCUUUAAUUUCAUUUUUAUCAAUGUCAUUUCAUGUAUAUGUCCUUGUUUUGUUACUAACCACUAUGUCUACGCCUUAUGUUUUUGUACAAAAACAAAUGUAACAAUUAUGUUUGUUCCUUGUGAUGUAGUGUUUCAGUUAAAUAAGACUAGUACUAGUCGUAAAGUUAACACUAGACUACUAACAAAUGUUAGUAAGCUUUUGUUCUUAUAAUUCAAAUGCUGGUUUUCGUAUUAACUUAACUUGAUCAAUAUGGACAAUGUGUCAACAAUAUACAUUUAACAUUUUAGUAAUUUAGCAGAUGCUCUUAUCCAGAGCGACUUACAGUAGUGACUGUAUACAUUUAACUUUUUCGUACUGGUCACACGUGGGAAUCAAACCCACAACCCUGGCGUUGCUAGCAACGUGCUCUACCAACUGAGACCAGUGUAUCCCUCUCCAACUGUGCACCAUGACAGACUUUAACCUUCAAGUCAGUCUUUCACAUUACAGUACAAUCCACUCAAGCCAAACUAUAACACUCUCCAUUGUUACCUUCACUUGGCUGCUUGCCUCCCUGCAUCCCAUCACCCUCCCUCCCUGUCCUCCCCUUGUACCCUUAGCUCCCCCAUCUUCCAUGGCUGCGUCAACGAGCAGCGGCUGGCCGACCGCACGCCCUCACCCACCUUCUCCACGGCCGACUCAGACAUCACAGAGCUGGCGGACGAGCGACAGAGCGAGAUGUCGGACUACUUGGAUGACGAGGCGUUCGUGGACGACACCAGCUCGGAUGCUGGCACCGAGGAGGGCUCGGAUAUCUUCAGCGACGGCCAGGAUCCCUUCUACGACCGCUCCCCCUGGUUCAUACUGGUGGGAAGGUUGGUGACCGUCCAUGAUGAUGAUGCUGAACCGCCAUGUUGGUCAUUUUGUGACCGUGUCACAUGUGACAUCACACAUGCUCUGGAAGAGGGGGAGGGGGAGAAGAGAGUGCUGGCUCAUUUCACUCAGGGGCAAAUACUAACUUAAACUUUAAUUUAAAUGUUCACUUAGUCCACAUACAGUGAGCUCCAACAGUAUUGGGACAGUGCAUUUGUUGUUGUUUUGACUCUGUACUCCAGCACUUUGGAUUAGAAAUGAUACAAUGACUUAGAUGCACAAAUAUCAUACUCCCCCAAAAGUGCUAACCUCUCCUGUUAUUGUAAUGGUGAGAUGUUAGCAUGUCUUGGGGGUAUGAUAUUUGUGCAUUUUGUAGUCACAAGCUUGAUGUAGUCAUUGCGUGCUAUGAAUAUGGGACCAAAUACUUAACUUUUUUUAUACUUUAAUACAAAUAUAAGUUAAUUUGUCCCAAUAAUUUUGGUCCUCUAAAAUGGGGGGAUUAUGUACAGAAAGUGCUGUAAUUUCUAAACAGUUCACCCAAUAUGGCAAAAAAUACCCUCAAAUUAAAGUUGACAGUCUGCACUCUAACCUCAUUGUAUCAUUUCAAAUCCAAAGUACUGGAGUACAGAACAAAAACAACAACAAAUGUGUCACUGUCCCAAUACUUUUGGAGCGCACUGGAAGUCGAAUUUUCACUUAGUCAUGCAUUUAGGCCCCAUAAGGUAGUUAGCGCUGUGAAGCGUAGCUUCGGUGGUACUAAAGGCGUCUUUUCUUAUUUGGCUGCCAUAUACGAUUCUAGUGCUGAUGAAAUAAUUGAAACGUAUUCCCACCCAUCAAAAUUGUCUUGUGUGUUGAGUAGUGAACUUACACCUCAAACGGUUGGGUUUUGCUAAUGUUAAUCAUGUCUCAUUCAUUGAAUUGAGUGCUCUGAACUGAGUGUUUGUGAGGUUGAAUGUGUAAUCAAGAGAAGUUUUACAACAUUUUCAGGCCAUGGAGGUUUUAGUCUGACACAACCUAUAAAACAAAUAAACAAGUUAUCAUUUAUUCAUACUGUGAGUCUCAAACAUCCACUCAGUGUCAAUGAUGCAAGGAUAUCUGAGACAUGUCUCCCUGGGUGCAUCCCAAAUGGCACCCUAUUCCCUAUAAAGUGCACUGCUGUCUUUAUUGCUGAUAAAAAAGUAGUGCAAUGUGUAGGGAAUAGGGUGCCAUUUGGGACACAGCCUUUUCUAUGUAUUGCAUUCUGCAAGAUGGUAGACUGAAAAGACUCAUGAUGUGUCACACUGCUAUGGAGCUGUGUCUUAUUUGUAAGGCCUCAUUUAGAAUCAAGGCAGGCAGGCAGAGUAGAAUAUUCUAGAAUAGAAUAGAGCCAGCACGUCAUCCUCCAGGUGUGUUGCUUCAACUGUAGAUAUAGAAUGUCAUUCUAUGACAUUCUAUUUCUAUGGCUUAAUACCUCCCUGCUCCAGGUGCCACCAUUCCCCGCUCCCGGGUGAAGUUUCCACUAUGUACAGAUCUAGGAUUAGCUUCCCCUCCCCCAAUCCCUAUUAGUGGAGAAAAUGCUAAACUGACCCAGUAUACAGUAGGGGCAACUUCACCCUACAACUCAUCUGUUUUUGUGGUAUCUGUAGUGGCUAAUUCAUUGUCUGUUUGUUUUGGUGAUUAUUAUUUUUCAUUUUCAUUACCUUAUUUUAUUAUUUUAUUAUUUUAAUUUUGUUUUUAUUUUAAUUGUAUUUUUCUUUGCUUUUUUUUUUCCGUCAAUGUCCAUAGUCAUAUUUAUUAACUGUGUGUGUGUGAUAAAAUGGCAAUGAUAUCAAUUACCCAUAUAAUAACAAUGAUGACAUUUAUAAUUGUAGUAGUGGAGGUGAUACUGAUUUGAUUGAUUUGAAAUUCAUAUUAAUGAUAUCAAGUAAAUAACCUUAGUGGUAAGAAAUACUACACGUAUUUAUAGUACAUCUGAAUAAACUCAGUCUGUAUUUGAGAUGUCAGAGCCACCGCAUCUAGUCUCAGGCAGCAUCCCAAAUGGCACCCUGUUCCCUACAUAGUGCACUACUUUUGACAAGGGCCCAUAGGGCUCUGGUCAAAAUUAGUGCGUGAGGUAGGGAACAGGGUGCCAUUUGGGAUGCAGACUCGGAGUCAGGCGGCAGAUCGAUGCAGGCCCAGCCAGUAUGUCCUGUUAACAGCUCUACCUGCGUCAUCAUGACUUCAGAUAUUUGAGCUACAUUUCUCCUCUCCUUUGCCUCAGCCUUGAGUUCUCCUGCACAGGGAGGGGGAGAGCGGGAUUGGAGAGUUAGGGCAUCGGGGGCGCUGCAAAUCAACCCCCACAACGCAAUAACACGUCAAUGUGUGACUAAAGCCCAUCGACAUAACAAGCGAGUCAGCUAUGGCUACUGCAUUUCAAUUGAUCUUCAUUUAGCUAGUAUUGCUGUUUUACCAUCCAACAACAUGGCUGAAAGAGAUUGGUUUCAUUUUUGCUGCAAUAUCAGUUGUCUAUUUUGAUUUCAGCAGUUUGUCUAUUUUGUGUGUUUGUCUAUUCUGAAAUAUCUAUUUUAAUUUGUGAUAAAAUGCAUUUCUCAGUUUAACAUAACAGCAAGGUUGCAUCCCAAAUGGCACCCUAUUCCCUAUAUAAUGCCCUACUUUUGACAAUGGCCCAUAGGGCUCUGGUCACAAGUAGUGCACUAUGUAGGAGAUAUGGUGCCAUUUGGGACACGGCCUCAAUCACUUCAAUGAUCGUCUGAUGAAUUUAACUAAAAUUGUGCCUCGCCCUUGCACGAAUGUCAAUUGAGUCAUUGCUAUCAGUCAUAGUGAUUGGUUAGUGGCUCAUUUAGAUCUCCUGUGGUUAUCAUAUUACACCCCUUCCAUGUGACUAGGAUGUCUUGUCACGACACAGAUGGCCCAAGCUUAACUUGUUUAGGGCCUGCUGUACUGUCAUUGAGUUGUGGUCAAAUUCAUUUAAAUAUCUAUUAAUUCACUAAGGGAUAAAUCCUAACUUCUGCUUCAGUAAAAUGUUCAGUUAGUUAGUUGACUUCAGUGGAUGUUAGGAAUGCCCCUAAAAGGUACUUGAAGAGCUACCUACAGUGAGGGAAAAAGAUAUUUGAUCCCCUGCUGAUUUUGUACGUUUGCCCACUGACAAAGACAUUAUCAGUCUAUAAUUUUAAUGGUAGGUUUAUUUGAACAGUGAGAGACAGAAUAACAACAAAUAAAUCCAGAAAAACGCAUGUCAAAAUUUUUAUAAAUUGAUUUGCAUUUUAAUGAGGGAAAUAAGUAUUUGACCCCUCUGCAAAACAUUACUUAGUACUUGGUGGCAAAACCCUUGUUGGCAAUCACAGAGGUCAGACGUUUCUUGUAGUUGGCCACCAGGUUUGCACACAUCUCAGGAGGGAUUUUGUUCCACUCCUCUUUGCAGAUCUUCUCCAAGUCAUUAAGGUUUCGAGGCUGACGUUUGGCAACUCAAACCUUCAGCUCCCUCCACAGAUUUUCUAUGGGAUUAAGGUCUGGAGACUGGCUAGGCCACUCCAGGACCUUAAUGUGCUUCUUCUUGAGCCACUCCUUUGUUGCCUUGGCCGUGUGUUUUGGGUCAUUGUCAUGCUGGAAUACCCAUCCACGACCCAUUUUCAAUGCCCUGGCUGAGGGAAGGAGGUUCUCACCCAAGAUUUGACGGUACAUGGUGCCGUCCAUCGUCCCUUUGAUGCGGUGAAGUUGUCCUGUCCCCUUAGCAGAAAAACACCCCCAAAGCAUAAUGUUUCCACCUCCAUGUUUGACGGUGGGGAUGGGGUUCUUGGGGUCAUAGGCAGCAUUCCUCCUCCUCCAAACACGGCGAGUUGAGUUGAUGCCAAAGAGAUCAAUUUUGGUCUCAUCUGACCACAACACUUUCACCCAGUUCUCUUCUGAAUCAUUCAGAUGUUCAUUGGCAAACUUCAGACGGGCCUGUAUAUGUGCUUUCUUGAACAGGGGCACCUUGCGGGCGCUGCAGGAUUACAGUCCUUCACGGCGUAGUGUGUUACCAAUUGUUUUCUUGGUGACUAUGGUACCAGCUGCCUUGAGAUCAUUGACAAAAUCCUCCCGUGUAGUUCUGGGCUGAUUCCUCACCGUUCUCAUGAUCAUUGCAACUCCACGAGGUGAGAUCUUGCAUGGAGCCCCAGGCCGAGGGAGAUUGACAGUUCUUUUGUGUUUCUUCCAUUUGCGAAUAAUCGCACCAACUGUUGUCACCUUCUCACCAAGCUGCUUGGCGAUGGUCUUGUAUCCCAUUCCAGCCUUGUGUAGGUCUACAAUCUUGUCCCUGACAUCCUUGGAGAGCUCUUUGGUCUUGGCCAUGGUGGAGAGUUUGGAAUCUGAUUGAUUGAUUGCUUCUGUGGACAGGUGUCUUUUAUACAGGUAACAAGCUGAGAUUAGGAGCACUCCCUUUAAGAGUGUGCUCCUAAUCUCAGCUCGUUACCUGUAUAAAAGACACCUGGGAGCCAGAAAUCUUUCUGAUUGAGAGGGGGUCAAAUACUUAUUUCCCUCAUUAAAAUGCAAAUCAAUUUAUACAAUUUUUGACAUACGUUUGUUUUAUGGAUUUUGUUGUUGUUAUUCUGUCUCUCACUGUUCAAAUAAAGCUACCAUUAAAAUUAUAGACUGAUCAUUUCUUUGUCAGUGGGCAAACGUACAAAAUCAGCAGGGAAUCAAAUACUUUUUUCCCUCACUGUACAUAAGGACUCCAUAACAUUGGCUAUUUAUAACCCAAUAGAUACAGAUAUGUUAUGUGCUAUGAACGUGUUAUGAACCCUUUAACUAAAUGUUACCGCCUUCAAGUUAAGAAAGUAAUAAAAUGUCCAUUUUUUUAUUGACUUAAAUAUAAAUUAAUUUGACCCAAGCCUUGUGAGACAAAAGCAGACCACAAUAGGGGCUUGUAGGGUCAGAUCUUCACCUCUCUCCCCCCUCCUUCCCCCCAUAGAGCCUUUGUAUACCUGAGCAACCUGCUCUACCCCGUGCCCCUGGUCCAUCGUGUCGCCAUAGUGACAGAGAAGGGCGACGUGCGCGGUUUCCUGCGUGUCGGUGUCCAAGCCAUCGCUGGUGAGUACUGUUCUAUCUACACACACCCUUUUUGACAAGACUCCUCAGACCUGGGCCUGUAUUCACACAGCGUCUCAGAGCAGGAGUGCUGAUCUAGGAUCUCCUGUACAUAUAAUCAUUAUCUAAAUGGCUAACUUAUCCUAGAUCAGCACUCUUACUCUGAGACACUUUGUGAAUUAAAUUGGUAUGUUAUAUAAUGUCACAUAAUUGUCCAGUCCUGCUCCUUGAGUAUGUAUCCAGGUAAAAUGUAACAGAAUGUGUGUAUAGAACGCGACAUGGCACCCUAAUCCCAGACAGCAUUCACUAAAACCACAACAAAACAAUUGUAUAUGAAAAUACCAGGUCUAACUCUACAAUGAAUCAGAUGACUGGAAUAAAUGUUCAAAGGCCUCAGAGAGAUUUCUAGCGACUGAGUGAGAGAAUUCCCAGAGUUGACUGCUUUGUGCUCUUUGAAGAGAUGAGUCUGCUCUUGUCAACACACCACGUUAAUAACUGGGGCUGACGAACACGAUGACAAUGACUUGUAUAAUGUGUCUUUGUAGCUGACGAGGAGGCCCCAGACUACGGGUCAGGAGUGAGACAGUCGGGAACUGCCAAGAUAUCCUUUGACGAUGAGUACUUCAAAAAGGUAAGGCCACGUAAGACGAGCUCAUUUAAAAAACUGUUAUGGCCGGUUUCCCCGAACACAUAUUGAGCCUAGUCCUGGACUCAAAAGCAUGUUCAAUGGGGAUUCUCCAUUCAAAGUUCUUUUUAGUCCAGGACUAGGCUUCAUCUUGUCUACUUGCAAUAUUCCAUACACCUUCCAAUACAUGUGUCUUUUGAUCAGAAACAUUUUCCCAGUGUUUUUUAAAAACGGUUUCACUACCAAAGCAGCUAUAUGCUAAUAUCUCUCUCUCUCCCUCUCGCUCUGUCUUUCUCUCACACUCUCCCUCUCUCUCUCUCCCUCUCUCUCUCUCCCUCCCUCCCAUCAGAAUGACUUUCCUUCCACGGUCAUGACACGCUCUGGCCUCUCUCUGGAGGAGCUGCGCUUCGUGGAGGGCCAGGGUCAGAGUUCAGAGAUCAUCACCCCCUCCGAGGAGCAGAACAGAAUCAAUGACAUGGGUAAGGAAGGAGAGACCAGCACAGCUCCAAGACCCUCACCUCUCCUCUCGUAAAUAUUAGGCCUACAUCUCGCUGGCCAAUGGCGUGAAUAGAGUGGGAAUUAAUAGUGGCAGACAGUGUUGUCCAUAGAUUAUUUUCUAGGUGGGGCUUUGCAAAGGCACCCAAAUUAACAACCAGGGCCUCUUAAACCAACAUUUUCAACCGAAUGUUUGUAGGCGGGGGAGGGGUGGAUGGCGUCCCGCCUCUACAAUGAUAGGGAAACACUGGUGGCAGAUGUUCUUAUUGAAGGUGGAGGAUGAAUUUAAGUAGUUUGAUACAAGUGUUGGAAAUGGCCUUCAGUCAUACAAAUCUAAUUGAUUUCAAUUACUAAAUGUCAUUGGCUUAUGUGAAACUGAGUCUAAUGUGACAUCUGGUUGGUGCAGUCAUAUUUAGUUUCCCUGCGAAGCAAUUUACAUUAGUCCACAUAAGCCAUUUGAUAGAAAAACAUGAUAAACUUUGACCAUAAACCUUCCUGUCAUUGUACACUUUAUUGAGCUUUUGAACUGUAGAUAAAGAGGGAAGGAGGAGAGGGAGAGAGAAAAAGAUGGAGGGAAGUAGAGAGAGUAGGUGUAGCAGUUAAAGCCGCUGUCUCUGGCACAUGUAUGGUCGCCCUGCCUGCGUUGGAUAGAAUCCCGGCCCCGUCAGCCUUCUCACCUCUGCAUCUCCCUUCCCCUUAUACCUGUCUCUAUCAAUAAAACAAUAAAGUCCUAAAAAAUAUUGAGGAUAACACAAAACAUUUUACAUUUUGUUUGUCUUGGUAUGCAUCUGUAUAUGUCCACUGCAUGUUCUAACCCUCUGCUGUGGGUGUUUUGUGACAGACCUGAAGCUGGAUCAAGGGAACUUGGUUGACCCUAAGCUCAGUCGCGGCGAAGGGCUGGCCGGCCAACUGGAGGUGGGCAGUAUCUUUACCUUCCGUGUGACUGUGCUCCAAGCCAGCGGCAUUCUCCCGGAGUAUGCUGACAUCUUCUGCCAGUUCAAGUGAGUCUGUCAGCUGUCAUCAGAUCACACAGGCCUUGGAGCACACGUGCACCGCUGCCAUACUGAUCUAGGAUCAGGGCUGUUGUGAAGUUGUCAAAGCAUGCGUAUACAGUCGUAUGAAAAAGUUUGGGCACCCCUCUGAGGCUGCAUAAUAAUAAUUGUCACAGAAAAUGAUCACAGUGGCAUGCCAUUCAUUUUCUAAUAAAAGCUGAGUACUGGGGUAUUGUCCAGACAAAGAUUUUUAGUGUAGCAAUAUUAAGUUGUAUGAAAUUAAAUCAGAUGUGAAAAAUAGGCUAUGCAAAAAUGUGGGCACCCUUGUCAUUCUGUUGAUUUGAAUACGUGUAACUACUUAGCACUGAUUAAUUGGAACACACAAUUGGUUUGGUGAGCUCAUUAAGCCUUGAACUUCAUAGACAAGUGCAUCCAAUCAUGAGAAAAGGUAUUUAAGGUGGCCAAUUGCAAGUUGUUGUUCUCUUUGACUCUCCUCUGAAGAGUGGCAACAUGGGGGCCUCAAAACAACUCUCAAAUGACCUGAAAACAAAGAUUGUUCAACAUUAUGGUUUAGGGGAAGGCUACAAAAAGCUAUCGCAGAGAUGUAAGCUGUCAGUGUCCACUGUGAGGAACAUAGUGAGGAAAUGGAAGACCACAGGCACAGUUCUUGUUAAGGCCAGAAGUGGCAGGCCAAGUAAAAUAUCGGAGAGACAAAGGCGAAGGAUGGUGAGAACGGUCAAAAACAGCCCACAGACCACCUCCAAAGACCUACAACAUCAUCUUGCUGCAGAUGGUGUCACUGUGCAUCGUUCAACAAUUCAGCGCACUUUGCACAAGGAGAAGCUGUACUGGAGAGUGAUGCGGAAGAAGCCUUUUCUGCACACACGCCACAAACAGAGUCGCUUGAGGUAUGCAAACGCACAUUUGGACAAGCCGGCUUCAUUUUGGAAUAAGGUGCUGUGGACUGAUGAAACAAAGAUUGAGUUAUUUGGUCAUAACAAGGGGCGUUAUGCAUGGCAGCAAAAGAACACAGUGUUCCAAGAAAAACACUUGCUACCCACAGUAACAUUUGGUGGGGGCUCCAUCAUGCUGUGGGGCUGUGUGGCCAGUGCCGGUACUGGGAAUAUUGUUAAAGUUGAGGGUCGCAUGGAUUCCAAUAUCAGCAGAUUCUUGGGAAUAAUGUUGAAGAAUCAGUCACAAAGUUGAAGUUACGCCGGGGAUGAAUAUUUCAACAAGACAACGACCCAGAACACUGCUCAAAAUCUACCCGGGCAUUUAUGCAGAGGAACAAGUACAAUGUUCUGGAAUGGCCAUCCCAGUCCCCAGACCUGAAUAUCAUUGAGAAUCUGUGGGAUGAUUUGAAGUGGGCUGUCCAUGCUCGGCAACCAUCAAACCUAACUGAAGUGGAGAUGUUUUAUAAGGAGGAAUGGUCCAAAAUACCUUCAUCCAGAAUCCAGACACUCAUUAGAGGCUAUAGGAAGUGUCUAGAGGCCGUUAUUUUAGCAAAAGUAGGCUCUACUAAAUAUUGAUGUGAUUUUUCUGUUGGGGUGCCCAAAUUUAUGCACCUGUCUAAUUUCGUUUUGAUGCAUAUUGCAAAUGUUCUUUUAAUCCAAUAAACCUAAUUUCACUACUGAAAUAUUACUGUGUCCAUCAGUUAUUUGAUAGAUCAAAAUGAAAUUGCUGAUCCAAACACCCAAUUAUUUAUAAAUGGAAAUCAUGGAAAUUGUCAGGGGUGGGCAAACUUUUUCAUACGACUGUAUAUACUGUAUAUGGAACAGAAGUACUGAUAACACUUUACUUAAGGCUGACCGGUAUAAUGGUUUAUUACUUGUUAUAAGCAUGUAUGAUCCUGUAUGAUGUCUUAUUAAAAGGCUUUUAUAAUAUGUUAUAAUGCUUAUAUAUGUUAAUAUAUACCAAAUUCAAAAUGGCUGUUAUUUAGUCAGGAUCAUUAUCAUACCUGUUGGCUUUAAUUUGUAUAAACCUUUUAGUAACACUUUAAUUAAAUGUACAGUAUUAUUAUUAGUAGUAGUAAUAAUCAAGCGUCAUCUGUUGGAUCCUCAGUUUCCUCCAUCGUCACGACGAAGCCUUCUCCACAGAGCCUCUAAAAAACACUGGGAAAGGCACUCCUCUGGGCUUCUAUCACGUCCAGAAUGUGAGUACACACACACAUACACAACACGCACGCUCACGCACACACCACACAAACAUCUCACACACACAAAGGUAUAGAAAUAUGACCCAAAGCUGAUUCAUUUUCCCACACCCUCCUGUUGUGUAGAUUUCAGUGGAGGUGACUGAGUCGUUCAUUGAGUACAUCAAGACCAAGCCCAUCGUGUUUGAGGUGUUUGGUCACUACCAGCAGCACCCUCUGCACCUGCAUGGUCAGGACCUGAUAAGGUAGGUUGAAUGGUCACGUGCCCACAUACAGUAUACUCCAGGGUGAAGUUUUCCCUAGAUACAGAUCUAGGAUCAGCUUCCCCUCCCCCAAUCCUAUAGGGGAAAAUGCUAAACUGAUCCAAGAUCAGCAUCUAGGAGCUACUUCAUGCUACACCCCCACAUACCUUUAUUAAUGAUUAAUUGGUAAUGAUGGGUAGUCUAGUAGUAAAGUACGGCCCACACUCAACUGUCAAUUGGUUAACAAGGUCUUUUGCUACUGUAGUACUACAUAAUUUUUUUCCAGACCAGCACACCAUGAAUUAAUUCGAAUUCAAAAGGCUUUGUCUAUCAAAUUAACAUUAGCCAAAAAACAUCACAUUAAAACCUCUAGUAAUGACAUCAAACAAAAACAUCCAAAAAGCAAUUCAAUUCAAAAUACUAAAUGUGUAGUGUUGUUGUUUUUUUUGUUUUUUUGUUUGUAGUCCUCCUCAGACUGCCAGGAAGUACUACCCUAUUCCAAUGCCCCUGUCUAAGCCAGGUAAGGAUUCUACAGGUACCACAUCGACAGUAUCGAUAGAAAUGUGUGAACAGCAUUGCAGCAAAUCAUGCCAUCCCUUUAUCCAUUUUUUUUUUAAAUUGCCAUCACACUGUAUAUCCAGUCACAACUGCAUGUCUCAUAUUUUCCCCUCUUUCUUUCUUUCCUUUUUUUUUUCCUUUUUGUUUUAUGACCCGUUUCCUUGUCACUACUCGCCCACACCCUCCAUUUGUCCUUCCCAUCCAACUCAAUCCAUAUCCAUCUCUAAUUUCGCUCUCACAAACUCUCUCUUCCACUCACCCACAUUUUUCUUACUCCCUCUCUCUUCCAUUCACUCCCACCCCUACGCCCUAUGACCAACCCUUCACCCUGUCUCAGACCACGCCCGUAAAAUAGAGUUGAUUCGCUACCUGAUGACUGGCUCCGUGCCCGGCCAGGUGCUGGACACACUGUCCGAGCAUGCCAAUGCCCUGGCAUCCACGGCAGUGGCCAGCCUGGAGGACGGGGCAGACCAGCUCUCUCACUUCCCCUUCCUUCCCAUGCCCACCAGCCCCGUGCUGACUGUGCCCAGGCACCAUGGUUGGUACAGCGGGCAUUAGAACCGUGAGAGUAGUAGCUGGUAGUAGCAGCCGUAUGCGCUGUACUAAGCCUGGUCCCAGAUCUGUUUGUGCUGCAUCGACAACGACCAUAGGAGAGUUGACUAUAUACACACAAACAGAUGUGGAAUCAGGCUACUUUACUGUAGCCCUGUGCUGUGCUUUUGUCGUGCUUUGUCUACUGGCUGUAGUUGGCAUAGGCCAGUGUGGUUCAGUGAUCUGGUGCAUCCUAGUUUUGUUUAGCCCAAUUCUAGUCCUAGUCCCCUCCAUUGUCUCUCACAGACCAACCAGCCACAUACCUUUUACUUUUAAGGCUGGGAAUUACCAGGGACCUCACGAUACGAUAUCACCAUACUUAGGUGCCGAUACGAUAUGUAUUGGGAUUCUCAUGAUUCUAUAUGUAUUGCGAUUCGAUACUGUGAUUUUAUUGCAAUUUGAUGUUCCAAACAUAUUACUCACUAUAUGUCUGCUGCAGAGAGAUGAGACAGCAUGAGAAUACAGGCCUAAAGCCAUUUGGGCUGUAGUUCCAUUACCUAAACACACACAAACAGAAAAACAAAUGUUUCCUUUGAACAAUCUCUGACAUUGUUGAGUGAAUAGUUGAAUAGCAAAUCUCUAUCUGCUGUAGAGGAAUGAUGCUGUUAAAAGCAGAGGUAAUCCUGAUGUGGCAGGUUGAUAACUCAGCAGGAUACAGCUUCUAAUGUGUAAUCUGUGAUUUUGCCUCCCAACGGCCCCUAGUGUAGAGCUUGUAUAGAAUUGAGAGUAUUGUAAUUGCCUUUGAACAUGCAGUGUUGUUGUAGUGUCACUCCCUGAUAGUAUUUAAAUGGAGAUUGCAGUGUUCCCGGCUUAAUUCAAUUGUAAUGGAUUUAGAAUUGGACAGUUGUUUUGUACCUUGCGAAAUAAGCCCUUUGAGUACAGUAAGGAGUAUUGAUUAGUGAAUGUUUACAGGCUAAUAAUAACACAUUAUUGUGUUACAGUAGCUACCGCAUGUAAUCAUCACUAUCCGUUUAACCAUUGUUUACGUACGCCACAUCUCCAAGAAAAAAGUGUGUAAUAGUACUGUACAUGAUCAUCCUCCCUUUUCAUAUUUAUUUUUCCAAGAAAUGCAGUGUUCAUGUUUCUCUCUCGAGUUUAUUUCAGCAGCCCCCUCUGUUACCACAUGCUGUUGAGAUUGUCUAAUGGGUUUGUGUGCGUGUGUCUCACGCUCGCUCUCUCUCUCUCUGUCGCUCUCUGUCGCUGUCUCCGUGUGUGUUUCCCCCCCCAGUUCCAGCGACCAAGCUCAACACCAUCAGCAAGUCCAACCUGGGCCAGUGUGUGAGCAAGUACGACCUGCUGGUGUGGUUCGAGAUCAGCGAGCUGGAGCCCACCGGAGAGUGAGUGUCCAAGUCUGCACGCACUCAUGGUCGCAUGCACACAUGGGCACACAAACACAGGGGUUUGGCUAUUCCAGACUUAUGUUUGUCCUGGCUUCUUCCCGUAGGUACAUACCAGCUGUGGUGGAUCACAGUGGAGGACUGCCCUGCCAUGGAACCUACCUACUGCAUCAGGUACAGUACAGUGACCCCUCAGGGCCCAUAUUCAUAAAGUGUCUCAGCGUAGAAGUGCUGAUCUAGUAUCAGUUUUGCCUUUUUGAUCAUAAUGAAUAAUAUUACGUGGACAGGGGGACCUGAUCCUAGAUCAGUACUCCUACUCUUAUGGAUAUGGGUCCUGGACAACACCCUUAUUAACUCAUACUGCGAUGUCUCAAGUCACUCUGGACAUAUUAGCACUUUGCCUAUGUAUCUCCAAUCUAUUUGAUCUUCUCCUAAACUAACAAACUGAGAGCUGUACAUGAAUUGUACAUGUAUGGUACAUAAUUCUACAUGUAUGCUAUUUUGUACAUUUCAACUGCUCAAAUGCUACAUAAAAGUACUGUACAUUUGAUAUUGUACCAUUGUGAUUAUAGUAGUGAUUUGACUGUUGAUGAUGCUAUCGAUGUUGAUAUUGACUAUUGACACGUUCACGGUCAUUGUGUCUGGCCUACUGUGAUACUGACUGAUACGGUUUGCUUGUGCUGCAGGGGAUCCAGCGCCGGAUCACCGUCACUCUCAUCCACGAGAAGGGCAGCGAGCUCCACUGGAAGGACGUGCGUGAGCUGGUUGUUGGUGAGUGCUUCAAAAUAAAGGCAAUACACUAUCCAACUGAAUGAAUGAAUUGUAUUUGACAAAUGUAAAAUACAUGUGGAGUUGCCUCAGCUAUGUGAGUACCACAAUACACAACUGGCCUUGCCUUUUUGUGGAGAGACCAUUUAGCUGGAAUUCAGUUUUACAAUGGUCCCAGACAAGAUCAUUGAAAAGGGGCAACUAUUUUAAAUUAUGUCCAAAUAAACUGAAAGAAAAGCUAUUCAUAAAAAUAAAUACAAGAUCACUUCAUGAAUUGACUGAUUUUAAUUCCAAUUGACCCCAACCCCGAUUUCUGACGACGCUACCGGAGAGACAGAACUUCAUCAUCAUGACAACAUCCUGUGUUGCUUGCUUCCUUAGGUCGGAUCAGGAACAAGCCAGAGGUGGACGACUCGGCAGCAGAUGCCGUCCUGUCCCUCAACAUCAUCUCGGCCAAAAAUAUCAAAUCAUCCCACAACGCUAACAGGUACGCCAGUAGCACCAUCAGCUUGCGUUAGCUCCCAAAGCGAAUGCCUAGGCUUUAGCUCAUCGUGUGGAGGGUGCAGGCAUAGAAGAUAAUCAUACAAUAUAAGAGUAUUAUAUCCAUACAAAUCUUUAUAUAAAUGUUCUUAUAGGGUCGUUAUCCCAGAUACAGAUUAUGCCUACUCCUGGACUAAGAAGUAUGUUCAAUGGAGAUUCUCAAUUAAAAGUGCCUUUGUAAUCCUCUGUAGCUCAGCUGGUAGAGCAUGGCGCUUGUAACGCCAAGGUAGUGGGUUCGAUCCCCGGGACCACCCAUACACAAAAAUGUAUGCACGCAUGACUGUAAGUCGCUUUGGAUAAAAGCGUCUGCUAAAUGGCAUAUUAUUAUUAUUAUUAUAAUCCAAAACUAGACUCUGUGUCCGAGAAACCGGACUAUAGUGUAUUUAUAUAGUAGUCUAGGAAUUCUAAUUAUAUAUUAUUACAUCUUUGUUGUACUGUAUAGUAAAAUGAAUACAGAAAUAUGGUAAUGAUAUUGAAUUGGCAUUCUGUGAAAAGUAGAAACGGCAUCCAACGGAGAACAAUGUAUUUUCAUCACACCAUCAACGGGUCACGUAAUAUUUAAAGUGUGUGAAAUAUCAUUGCAAUCUUGUUUAGUUUUUUGAGAACCGAUUUAUUUUUGAGAACCGAUUUAAGAAGGUGACAGGAUCUUUUUUCUACGACAUAAUCAUUGACAUAUACAUCAAAAAUUCACAACAUAAUACCAGUUUUGUUAUUCAUAACAGAAUAACUGUGUCCAUGUAGUUUCAUUAGAAGGAAUCGUCACUUUCUUUCAAGGUUGCCUUUCCUGGCUAGAAGAGACAGCAGAAAUGAUGGAAUUUCCCAUUUCAGUGUUGUGCGCAUAUGAGCUCAGGCAUUGCAUGUAUGUACACAGACAUCAUUGCAUGUGGGCAAUCACAUUCAUUUCCAGUGCUAACAUUUUGCUCUCUUUCUUGAUUUGCUCCAUUGUUUCUGUUGCUUGACUCUCUGCGUUCUUUCUCUUCUUUUUUCUUUUUUUUCUCCUGCUGCGGCUGGACUCUUGAUUUUGCUCAGGCUGUGUCUUGAUAAGGAUAUUGCUAGGUACCAGCAACCAGGGAACAUAAAGCCUCUUCUCUGAAAUAAGCUUUAUGGCUCUCUUUGGCUUUUUAUAGAAAUUGGGGUAUAUCCUAACUUGCAUUUAAAUCAAAGUUGUUACUUAGUCAUGCAUUGAUGUCAAUGGGAAUUUAGGAUUUGCCCCUUAGCCUGUAGUAAUAACUCUUAAUUUGUGUUCUCUUGUCUUACACCUUUUGAUAUCACCCCCAUUGGUAAAUAUCCUUCUAGCCAGUACAAACCUAUUAGCUUGGAAUUGUUAUUUUCUAGAGCUCUUUGAUUGCCCUCAUCUGUCAAUUAAUCACAUUGUAAAACGAAGAAGGUUUCAUCCUUUAUCAUGGCUAUCAUAGCCUAUCAUUCACGCUUUUGAUAACUGAGGCUUUUCUGACUUUGGAAAAGGUCACACUGCUAAUUUCUUCUGUCUUGCACAAGAGCAAUAGGAAUCUAAAGACGAAUGACUGUAAAACAUGCUAUCCUAUGGCUUAGUGGUGACUUUUCGGUAUCACUCCAUAUGCAAGCUUAGCUACUAGCUAUUAAACGUCCUUGUAGCAUGCUCUACUAGUCUAUUACACCUGCGUAGCGUCUGUGUCAGCCAUCGUGAGUCAUAGAGGGAUGAGGGCAGGGUCAGGCGAGAAAAGGGAAGAGAGUGCCCCCUGGUGGUUAGUAGAGAGACAGUUUGUACAUGAGUUGUGAAAAAUACACCUUCUUCCUCUACUUUCAUUGGAAACCAUUGGUCUGUUGCUCAUUGACGGACCCCAACAAAGUCAAUUAAUAAAACUUUAUUGUCCCCAGAGGGAAAACAAGUAAAAAAUAUAACACAGUUGUCACAAACGAGUAGGUGCAGCACAUAUUUACAUUGACAUUUUAGUAAUUUUGCAGUUACGCUCUUAUGCAGAGCGACUUGCAAUCAGAGCCAUUCGUUAUUUUAAUCAACCGCACAAUCUGACUGUGGAGAUGGUGACAUUUUAAGAGUAGAAGUACACAGUGGAAUGAACCCUUCCGUAAAUGAGGUGUCCCCACUCCAAUGUGCAUCCCAAAUGGCACCCUAUUCCCUGUUUAGUGCACUAUAUAGGGAAUAGGGUGCCAUUUGGGACACAAACCUGGUCCUCAAUGGUGGAGGUGUCUGGCGUGUCUGCUGACUUUCUCCCUCUCUAGCGCUCUAUAGAUCAUGUAUUGGUCUGGGAGUCAACUCAACUCAACUGGUGACCCAGGUCUAAAUCAGUGACUUUAAAAGGCAAGAUGCCUGUUGGUUAGUCUCUGCUAAUGUAGCAUGCUUAAUUUUCCCUCAUAGGAAUUCAAUGGGCCCUUAUCUAUAAAAUGCUUAAGCACUCAAAGCUCUUGACAAGCUUUUCACACUCGUGUUGUAGCGUGACACCUGCUCAAGGCGUGCGUGCUGUUUAGGUCACCUCCCAUGCGUUUUCUCACACCUAGUCGUCACCAGGACUGCAUGUGUGUAGGAGUGCUUUCCCUUCAACAACCUCAGUUGAGGGAUUAAUUGGUGUGUCAUAUAAUGCUUAGAAUCCAGUAUUAUCCCCUCUUCAAUUCAAGUCAAUUUUAAUAAAGCUUUAUUUUCCCCUCAGAAGCAGUUAGAAAAAGCAAGUUAGGUUACAAAUAUUAAAUAUUAACAUUUGUACCGUAUCUCUGGGCUCUAUUUUCAACUCUAGUAUAUGCUUGGGUAACAGUUGGGGAGAGGGAGCAGUAGAUAACACUCAGUUACUUCAGUUACUCCCCAUGGUUACUUAUUAACUUCCCAUAAUAUGUGGCUGGUUGUGUCCACAUGCCAUACAGACCUUUGUCUAUUACGACAUUAUGUUCUGGUAACAUUUCCAAAGUAGUUUCAAAAUACUACUAGCAUUAUCAUAGCAAUAGUUGAUGUGUAAUAUGGCUACCUGAAUUGACCACAACCCGGGUGAUUUUUCUCUAACCUUCAGUGUGUAGACUACUCGGCUACAUCAGGCUAUAUUAUGAACUGUUGGUUGCUUACUCUCACACCUCUAUUGUGAUAUAAAGGAGAGAACCUUGCAGGAACCAUAACCAGCCUCAUUGUGACACUGAACAGCCAUUUUAGAAAUCUCCCACAAAGUUGAAAUGAUCCACCAGGGUGCGUCCAAAAUGCCGCCUAUUCCCUAUACAGUGCACUACUUUUAGCCAGAGCCACAGGCACCCUAUUGCCUAUAAUACACUACUUCUAGUGCACAAAAGUAUUGUGCUUUAUAGGAAAUGGGUUGUCAUUUCAGACGUAGCCCCAGAGUCUGUAAACGUGGAGAUAGUAACUGACCUCUUUCGUCUUUCCCUCUCAGGACCUUCUACAGGUUUGAGGCUGUGUGGGACAGCUCUCUGCACAACUCCCUCCUGCUCAACCGAGUCACUCCCUACGGAGAAAAGAUCUUCAUGACCCUGUCUGCAUACCUGGAGGUCAGCCCUGUCUGCCAUUUUGAUUUUACUGUAAUCAACAACCUAGGGAAUCCUGUCUCAAUAAUGAAUUGGAAUUGUGUAAUUGUGUAUUAAUAAAACAUAAUCUGCUGUCUCUAGGCCUACUGUUUAGGAUUUAGGGAUUUUAGGAACACAUUAAACGAUAUCUAGAAUAGAUAAAUGUCAAGGACACUUGUAGGUUAAUCAAACUUAUAAACAUGUACUACUACAAUACAGAUAUUCUGAUGGGGCCAUACUUAAAAGGGCCGCAUACAUGUGAAUAAGGAUGUAUUGUGAAUAAGGAUGUAUAACAGCCCCAUAAGCACUACAUACAGUAGUGUUACAGUAUCCACUCCAGUCAUUUAGUGUUCACAGUAUGGACUGACCCUCUGCACUGAGGAGCUUGAGUGCUAACAUGCUUACCGUUUCUCCACUCCACAGCUCGACCACUGCAUUCAGCCUGCCAUUAUUACCAAAGACAUCUGCAUGGUCUUCUACUCCCGAGAUGCCAAGAUCUCCCCUCCCCGCUCCCUGAGGAACCUCUUUGGAAGCGGCUACUCCAAGACCCCUGACUGGUAAGGCAUCUGACAGUCAUUUUGUGUCCAUCUUCUAUAUGACUUGUAGACAGCUGUCAGAUAUCUAUGUUAACAAAUAAGCAGCUGUCAGCCAUUUUGUGUCCACCCUUUAUAUGACUCAUAGACAGCUGUCAGAUAUCUCUGUUGAAAAAUAAGUAGCUGUCAUCCAUUUUGUGUCCACCCUUUAAAUGACUCCAGUAGAGGCUGCUUAGGGGAGGACAGCUCAUAAUAAUGGCUGAAACGGCGCAAAUGGAAUGGCAUCAAACACAUGUGUUUGACAUAUUUUAUACCAUUCCACUUAUUCCGCUCCAGCCAUUACCACGAGCCCGUCCUCCCCAAUUAAUGUGCCACCAACCUCCUGUGUAUGACUCAUACACAGCUGUCGGAUAUCUAUGUUGACAAAUAAUCAGCUGUCAGCCAUUUUGUGUCCAGCCUUAAGAUACAACCUUGAUGAACAACGCCCUAAUAUAACCUCUUGUGUUCCGUAUUACAGCAACAGAGUGACUGGCAUCUAUGAGCUGAGCUUGUGCAAGAUGUCUGACACAGGAAGCCCAGGUUAGUGCAAUCUCUCUCUCGCUCUCUCUCUCACUCUGUGUGACAUCUCGAAACACUUAUGUUGAUAUUCGAAUAAAAGCACAGUUGGUAGUUAGCCUAUCUAUGAACCCAACUUAAUAGCACAGAGGUUGGCUAAAAUAUACCCCCCAAACAUACUCCUCUCCACUCCCCUGUUCUCCAUAGCGCUUGUGUGUGCUUGGUAUAAGUCCAGACAAACAGUUGUGUAUUGAUAUAACAGCCACCCUCAGAGGGAGUGACUUUUCUACUUUUGUAUGUCUUUGUCAGAGCUGGUUUAAAUUCAUGACAGGAUCCAAGCUGUCUGCCUGCUCUCUCUCUCUAUAGCUCUGUCUCUCUCGCCCACCUCUCCCCCCUUCCACUCUAUACUGACAAGUGCGUGUUUGUUUGCUACUCAGGUAUGCAGCGGAGGAGGAGGAAGAUUCUGGACACGUCUGUGGCCUAUGUCCGGGGAGAGGAGAACCUGGCUGGCUGGAGGCCCAGAGGAGACAGCCUCAUCUUGGAGCACCAAUGGGAGCUGGAGAAAAUGGAGCAGCUGCAUGAGGUGACUAGGCACUAUGAGAGCGUUGAGGGCAUAGGGAAGCCUGGAAUGGCAACAACAAAAAAAGUAUAUGUAGUGCCCUACUUUAGACCAGAGCCAUAUUCCCUAUAUAAUGGCUUAUUUUUGCUAGAGCCCUAUGUCCUGUAUAAUGCAUUACUUUUGACCAAAGCCCUAUUCCCUGUAUAGUGCACAAUUGAAUCAAAUUAAUGUAAAACUCUCUCACUCUUCAUUGCUUUUCCUUCCCCCUCCAGGUGGAGAAGACGCGUCACCUGCUGCUGCUGAGAGAGAAGCUGGUGGAGACUGCUCCAGCUACAGGCCCUGGGGGGCCCACCAGCAAGUCCCUGAGCGAGUCACUGUCCCCUAGCAUGAGCAGUGGCACCCUGAGCACCUCCACCUCCAUCUCCUCCCAGAUCUCCAGCACCACCUUCGAGAGUGCCAUCACACCCAGCGAGAGCAGUGGCUACGACUCGGCCGACAUCGAGAGCCUGGUGGACCGCGAGAAGGAGCUGGCCACCAAGGUGAGGAGGGAGGGAGGACAGGAGAUGGGGAAAAAAAGAUCAUUUGAUAAAAGGGCUGAAAUGGGGAGGGAUUAACCUGAACUUGUCCAAUAAGAAACACUUGUUUUCAGUGCUACGGUUUGCUACAGUGUGCACUAAUAAAUACACCCCAGGGUUAUAUUCAUUAGGGCAUGCAACAGAAAAAAAGUCCCAAGUAAUCCCUCUCUGUUCCAGUCCAUUUUCUUCCGUUUGGUGCCUAAUGAAUAUGACCCUGCUUUAAUGGUUCACAUACUGUACCUGCUAAAGAUGUACUGCACAUGGUCCCCAACAAAGAAAUGAGAAUAAAACCAUAUGGGGUGUUCCAGAAAGCCGGGUCAAUAAGUUGGCCAGCUAACUGACCUAAAUACAGUGCAUCUGGAAAGUAUUCAGACCCCUUGACUUUUUCCACAUUUUGUUACGUUGCAGCCUUAUUCUACAAUGGAUUAAAUUGUCCCCCCCCCUUAUCAAUCUACACAGAAUACCCCAUAAUGACAAAGCAAAAACAGGUUUUUAGACAUUUCUGAAAAUGUAUUAAAAAUACAAAAUGGAAAUAUCACAUUUACAUAAGUAUUCAGACCCUUUACUCAGUACUUUGUUGAAGCACCUUUGGCAGCGAUUACAGCCUUGAGUCUUCUUGGGUAUGACACUACAAGCUUGGCACACCUGUAUUUGGGGAGUUUCUCCCAUUCUUCUCUGCAGAUCCUCUCCAGCUCUGUCAGGUUGGAUGGGGAGCGAUGCUGCACAGCUAUGUUCAGGUCUCUCCAGAGAUGUUCGAUUGGGUUCAAGUCCGUGCUCUGGCUGGGCCACUCAAGGACAUUCAGAGACUUGUCCCAAAGCCACUCCUGCGUUGUCUUGGCUGUGUGCUUAGGGUCGUUGUCCUGUUGGAAGGUGAACCUUCGCCCCAGUCUGAGGUCCUGAUCUGGAGCAGGUUUUCUCUGUACUUUGCUCCAUUCAUCUUUCCCUCGAUCCUAACUAGUCUCCCAGUCCAUGCCGCUGAAAAACAUCUCCACAGCAUGAUGCUGCCACUCCAUGGUCUGAGAGUCUUUAGGUGCCUUUUGGCAAACUCCAAGCGAGCUGUCAUGUGCCUUUUACUGAGGAGUGGCUUCCGUCUGGCCACUCUACCAUAAAGGCCCGAUUGGUGGAGUGCUGCAGAGAUGGUUGUUCUUCUGGAAGGUUCUCCACAGAGGAACUCUGGAGCUCUGUCAGUGACCAUCGGGUUCUUGGUCACCUCCCUGACCAAGGCCCUUCUCCCCCGAUUGCUCUAGGAAGAGUCUUGGUGGUUCCAAACUUCUUUCAUUUAAGAAUGAUGGAGGCCACUGUGUUCUUGGGGACCUUCAAUGCCAUUUUUUGGUACCCUUCCCCAGAUCUGUGCCUCGACACAAUCCUGUCUCGGAGCUCUACGGACAAUUCCUUCGACCUCAUGGCUUGUUUUUUGCUCUGACAUGCACUGUCAACUGUGGGACCUUAUAUAGACGGAUGUGUGCCUUUCGAAAUCAUGUCAAUGAAAUUUACCACAGGUGGACUCCAAUCAAGUUGUAGAAACAUCUCAAGGAUGAUCAAUGGAAACAGGAUGCACCUGAGCUCAAUUUUGAGUCUCAUAGAAAAGGGUCUGAAUACUUAUGUAAAUAAGGUAUUUCUGUUUAUUUUAUUUUAUAUACAUUUGCAAAACUUUCUAAAAUCCUGUUUUUGCUUUGUCAUUAUGCGGUAUUGUGUAUAGAUUGAUUAGGAAAAAAAUAAUUUUAUCCAUUUUAGAAUAAGGCUGCAAUGUUACAAAAUGUGGAAAGAGUUGAGGGGACUGAAUACUUUCCGAAUGCACUGUAUGCUAACAUUUUGGAAAUAUAAGCUUGAGAUUGCCACGAUAUAAUUGUCUUAACAGCUAAUAAUGAACCAGAUAAUUAAAGAGUUAUAGCCUGCUUUCUCGACCAGCCCACUGGUUUGUUGUGAAUCUCAGCCCAGCGCUGGAAUAACUCAUAGUAGAAAACUGUAUUAUCCCUCAAGGGGAAAUUGGUUUUGCGGCAGAAUCAUAUCCAUAAAGUUAACAACAGACAUUUCAGAACGAUUAGGACACAAUGUACACAACAUAACAUGCACCAUAUUAUCUGUUGUCCUGUAGUGCCUCCGCCUUCUGACCCACACCUUCAACAGUGAAUACAACCAGGUGUGCAACAGCAUCAGUGACUGCAAGGUGAGACCGUAGAGGGGGAGAACAAGCUGCAAUGCCUUGAGAGAGAGAGAGAGAGAGAGCUGCUGAGGGGUGGACGGCUCAUAAUAAUGUUGUUCUGUUGACUCAAUUUCAACAAAUCAGUGUGGUUACUACUGUCUUAAUCUCCCUUCCUUGUUUCUUUUCUGUCUCUCUCUUGCUCUCUCGCUCGGUCGCUCUCUGUCUAUCUCUCUCUCUCUAUAUAGCUGUCAGACAUCUCCCCCAUGGGCCGUGACCCUUCGGUGACAAGCUUCAGCAGUGCCACCCUCACCCCCUCCUCCACCUGCCCCUCUCUGGCCGACUCCCGCUGUGGCUCCAUAGAUCAGAAGUAAGACUCCAUUAUAGUAGAAUAUGGUAGAAUACAUAUACAGUGGGGAGAACAAGUAUUUGAUACCCUGCCGAUUUUGCAGCUUUUCCUACUUACAAAGCAUGUAGAGGUCUGUAAUUUUUAUCUUAGGUACACUUCAACUGUGAGAGACGGAAUCUAAAACAACAAUCCAGAAAAUCACAUUGUAUGAUUUUUAAGUAAUUUAUUUGCAUUUUAUUGCAUGACAUAAGUAUUUGAUCACCUACCAACCAGUAAGAAUUCCGGCUCUCACAGACAUGUUAUUUUUCUUUAAGAAGCCCUCCUGUUCUACACUCAUUACCUGUAUUAACUGCACCUGUUUGAACUCGUUACCUGUAUAAAAGACACCUGUCCACACACUCAAUCAAACAGACUCCAACCUCUCCCCAAUGGCCAAGACCAGAGAGCUGUGUAAGGACAUCAGGGAUAAAAUUGUAGACCUGCACAAGGCUGGGAUGGGCUACAGGAUAAUAGGCAAGCACCUUGGUGAGAAGGCAACAACUGUUGGCGCAAUUAUUAGAAAAUGGAAGAAGUUCAAGAUGACGGUCAAUCACCCUCGGUCUGGGGCUCCAUGCAAGAUCUCACCUCGUGGGACAUCAAUGAUCAUGAGGAAGGUGAGGGAUCAGCCCAGAACUACACGGCAGGACCUGGUCAAUGACCUGAAGAGAGCUGGGACCACAGUCUCAAAGAAAACCAUUAGUAACACACUACGCCGUCAUGGAUUAAAAUCCUGCAGCGCACUCAAGGUCCCCCUGCUCAAGCCAGCGCAUGUCCAGGCCCGUCUGAAGUUUGCCAAUGACCAUCUGGAUGAUCCAGAGCAGGAAUGGGAGAAGGUCAUGUGGUCUGAUGAGACAAAAAUAGAGCUUUUUGGUCUAAACUCCACUCGCUGUGUUUGGAGGAAGAAGAAGGAUGAGUACAACCCCAAGAACACCAUCCCAACCGUGAAGCAUGGAGGUGUAAACAUCAUUCUUUGGGGAUGCUUUUCUGCAAAGGGGACAGGACGACUGCACCGUAUUGAGGGGAGGAUGGAUGGGGCCAUGUAUCGCAAGAUCUUGGCCAACAACCUCCUUCCCUCAGUAAGAGCAUUGAAGAUGGGUCGUGGCUGGGUCUUCCAGCAUGACAACGACCUGAAACACACAGCCAGGGCAACUAAGGAGUGGCUCCGUAAGAAGCAUCUCAAGGUCCUGGAGUGGCCUAGCCAGUCUCCAAACCUGAACCCAAUAGAAAAUCUUUGGAGGGAGCUGAAAUUCCGUAUUGCCCAGCGACAGCCCCGAAACCUGAAGGAUCUGGAAAAGGUCUGUAUGGAGGAGUGGGCCAAAAUCCAUGCUGCAGUGUGUGCAAACCUGGUCAAGACCUACAGGAAACGUAUGAUCUCUGUAAUUGCAAACAAAGGUUUCUGUACCAAAUAUUAAGUUCUCCUUUUCUGAUGUAUCAAAUACUUAUGUCAUGCAAUAAAAUGCAAAUUAAUUACUUAAAAAUCAUACAAUGUGAUUUUCUGGAUUGUUGUUUUAGAUUCCGUCUCUCACCGUUGAAGUGUACCUAUGAUAAAAAUUAUAGACCUCUACAUGCUUUGUAAGUAGGAAAACCUGCAAAAUCGGCAGUGUAUCAAAUACUUGUUCUCCCCACUGUAGUGGACCAUGCUAAAUGACAUCCAAUAUUGACCACUCCAUAUAAAACAAUAACACUUGAGCUUCAUCAACCUGGAAUACACUUUUGUGCAUAAUCGAGGGAGUGGUAUUUUAAGCCUCCUAUAUACUGUUACAACCAUUUAAAACAUUCAUAUGAAAUAGGCUAAAUAUUCAUGUCCGUAACCACAGGUUUGUAUACAAUAUUCUGGGACACAUCCUACAGUUGACAUUUUUAUGAAGUGCUUUUGAAUAUGUGAUUGUUAGUUAAGAAUAUUUGAUUCUUAGUAGAAUCAUAGACUGACACUCUUCAUUGUUUCCCAGGACCCCAGAGGCCAACUCUCGCGCCUCCAGCCCCUCCUGCUCAGACUAUGAGAACUUCCCCAUGGUGCCCACCCUGGAGACGUCCUAUCUGGCUCGAGCCGGCAAAAACGAGUUCCUCAACCUAGUGCCCGACAUCGAGGAGAUGAGACCAGGGUAACUGCUAUCUCCUCUUCCCCCUCAUAUUAGCAGUGGGCAUGAUGAUGAUGACUUCAUUGUUUUUGCAUCAUACGGCAUGCCAGCAUACAUAUACACGUAGAUAGACAGCACGUCACAAACGUUCCAUACAUAGUGCAUUAGACACACAGACAGACAGUAUUCACGCAGACAACCAGAAAGUACAAUACAAUACAUUUACAUAGAGUAUAGGCUUGGUGGGGGGCUAGACUAACUCAUAUUGUUAACACUGCAUGUUUGAGUGGUUGUCAUAGUUUCAUAGCUAAAACCCAAUGAACAGAACUGAGCCCCCGUUCUCUCCCAACACAGGUCUGUGGUGUCCAAGAAGGGUUUCCUGAGCUUCAUGGAGCCACGGUCCAACUCGUGGGUGAAGCACUUUGUGGUGGUGCGCCGGCCCUACGUGUUUAUCUACAACAACGACAAGGACCCGGUGGAGAGGGGCGUGCUCAACCUGUCCACUGCCCAGGUGGAGUACAGCGAGGACCAGCAAGCCAUGCUCAAGGUGUUCCCACACACACAUGCACGUGCACACACAAACACAUAAAACGACUUUCACUUGUUUGGCAUGUACAAUCAUUUUAAUGGGUCAACACUAUACCCACACACGAUGUGGAAUAGAUGUGGAGUUUUAAGAGUAGAACAGGAUUGAUACAAGCUCUUCAGGUUGAACGACAAUGGCACAUAAUGCCCUUACAUGUGUAAAUGGCUUGUCACAAGGUUAACUAACUUCCUCGUUUGUUGUUUGAAUCCUCUCUAGACACCCAACACAUUCGCUGUGUGCACAAAGCACCGAGGGAUCCUGCUCCAGGCCAACAAUGACAAAGACAUGAACGACUGGCUAUACGCCUUCAACCCGCUUCUAGCAGGAACAAUAAGGUACUGUACACAUUCCCCUAACUAGAAAAACAACAUUAUCAUCUAUUUAGGACCAGUUUCCUGGUACCCAGUUUAAGCCUAGUCCUGGAGUAAAAAAACAUUCUCAAUGGAGAAUGUCCAUAGAAAGUGUAUUUAAAUCCAGGCUUGAUUUGGGUCCAGGAAACCGGCCCUUAGUGAUUUAAACAUUACCACUGAAUAUAACCCAUAGAAUACUACUGAUAGUAACUGUAAGUCGCUCUGGAUAAUAGCGUCUGCUAAAUGACUAUAAUGUAAAUGUAAUAGUACUGAUGUUGAUAAGGCUCUGACGCUACCCAUAGAGAAAUGAUUUCAUUACCAAAUAUAAUUGUUGAUUUUGGUAUACCUUUGCCUGUAAAAGAAAGUAAAGCUUUUGGCUUUAGUGUAUGUUUACAACAUUUUUCCAGAGCUCUACUCUACAAUUUUAUUUUUUAGCCCAGCACCCAACUUGGUGGGAUAUAGACAUAUGCUCUUUUUUGCUUACGGUUGUUAUUUUUCCUUCAACCCACAGGUCAAAGUUGGCGAGAAGGCGCUCUGGUCUGCUGAAGAACUGAUAGAGUUAAUCUGUGUGCAGGAAAACAUGGCUCCUAUUCUUCAGACUAGCCUUGGAACACAUACCAAGUGUUAA